UGAUCGCGUGUGGCUCGUAAUCACGGCCGAAAAAGUUCGGAUCGUUUUGGCGGCGUGCUCACAGUGUAUUUUCUGCUACAUUCUAUGUACAUACCUACAUUGUGUGGUAUUGGGUUGGUUGCUCCACGAGGGCUUUCAUAACAACUGCUGAGGAUCAUCAUCGGAUAGAUCACACCGAAACGGUUGCGCUUCAAGUUCGUCGCUGGUGCGCGUUCGAAUCUUUGUGGCUUUGCGUAGUGUUUACGUUUUGCGGCCAGGAAAAGGCCGUUUGCCCAAAAACGUUGACGCUCUGUGCUCUGUUGCUCCGUGGUGUGAGAUGCAAGGCGCAUAACAUUGUUUGUCGUCGGGGAAAAGUUAGUGAGUUGAGUGGGACCGAUUCCUACCGCCAACAAACACAACACAGCUCGUACGGCGUUUGUAUGUUUCUGCUAAUUGAACAAGUGUUUUCGCUCUCUUUGGCGUUUGGCGUUCUCGUAUUUCGUUUCGAUCGAUCGAUCGGUCGGAAGACACUUGCGGGUUUAAUUUAAUGUUAGUGUUCUCUAACGCUACGAUUUGGGGUUUCAUUGCGAGUGCAGAAAAAAAUAUCGCCACUGCUUAGGAGUAGUGUUUUUCCAGUGAUCAUUUUACUUCGACUUAGCUUCUAGCUUUCCUCCAUAGCUGAGAGAGUAUGACCGCUGUGUCACAUUGAGGAAGCGAGCAGAACCAGUAAACGAGUAAACCAGUGAAGUGUGCAAAUUCCUCGAUGUGUUUGUGAUUCACAGUGCGAAAGAAGCGGUUGAUAUUGGUUUGGUUCGAUUGUUGGAGCAAAUAUUUGCGCGAAAAGUGAUAAGGGUCGAGACGACGGCUUGCAUCAUUGAUUCGAGGAAUUUAUCUAAUUUGAGUGGCGUGAGCCGGCCGAAAGAAAGUGCAGUGAAAAUUCUGUGUGACAAGUGACGGUGAGAUAAAGCGAAGAACGAGCGAAGAGGCGCAGAGUGAAUUUUCCAGUCGAUUUCCUGUCUGAUUUUUUGUUCGUUAUCAUUGAAUUCACGCUCAGCGCUCGUUACACCGGAUAUUAUACCUGACAGACGUCCGUGCUACACUCGGAGGAGGAAUUAAAACGACAGAAGGAGGUCUUAUCGUCGCACAGAUCGCCCCGUGAAUGUGAAGAAUCGCUCGGGUAGCUUGGCAACGCGCGCGAGAGCGUAAAUUUGGAGGCUGGCGCGUGCUUCCACACUGAUUUCGCCGCCUCGAUUUCCUCGGAUUUGUCAGUUUUGUAUGUCAGACUGCACAACGAACCUCCUAUCGUCGAGGUGCCAACAAAGAUACAUAAUAACAUGUACAUGAUACAUGAUAAAUUCUCGAUUUGAACGGGUUCUAGGUGAGUUGCAGCUGGUCGGUAAAAUUGGUUCAGUCAGUGAUUGAAACCAUCAAUUUAAACUCGGUGGAAAUAACUAUCCAUCGAUCUCUUUCUCCAGUAGCUGGCCAGCAGGCCAACUCGCCAAGGUGCCAAAGCCAAAGCUCAAGGAAAAAGGCACAGACAGAAGUGCACCCUCCCCAAUUACUCACGUGAGGCGAUGUGAGAAAAAAAAAGCGGACCACCAUUAUCGCCUAGCCCCCUUUCACGGAAAAAAUCAACCACCUAACACCCUAUUUUCGACAGAAGGAAACAGCAGACACGGUCGCGCUCACAAGAUGCUGAUCACGAUCAUGACGAUCGAAAUUGAAUAGCUGAAAGCCACGGACACAGCGAAUAAGAAAAAACUCGAACGAGAAAAACGAAUCGACAUCAAUCUAAUAAUUACUAGCGUUUUGAUUCCACCCUUGUUCACGCCAGAACCCAGUUAGAGAAAAAUGCUGAAGAACAUACAUGAGCGAACGGUCAAAAAGGUUAAGGGUAACCAUUAUAUUGCCAGCCGUGGGGGCAGGGACACGGUAGAUUUACCGUAUGCACAAGCCAACCGAGGAUAUUCCACAGACGGCGAAGACAGUCAGCGUGCGCCCUCGGACCGCACCGUCUCGGAAUACACGGUGGCCAACGAACGAGCCACCCCACAAACGGCUCCGUCCCGAAAGUCCCGAUCGGAUAAAUAUCAACAGAAUGGCAGCGGACCCGGCGGUGGUCCACGGUCUCUCUCUAGUCCACCGACACGAGCUCCCCCGAGGGCACCAUCGGCGCUCAGCUACGACCAUGGUGGCGAAACGGGAAGCGAUAUAUACGUGACCUCCGCCGCAUAUAAGGCUCCGUCGGAGAUAAGCCGUUACAGUGUCCAUCGCAAUCACCAACCUUCGCGUGGUCCCCGCAGUGUGUACAGUGUUGCCAGUACGGCCAAAACCGGUCGCAGCUCACGACGUCAUGGUGCCAAGAUUGAGGCGAUGUCCGCCCCCAAUCCAUUCUGUCCGAACGUGAAGGGUGUCUGCUGUCUGAUGCUGCUCCUCAACUUGGGUCUGAUCUUGGUUACACUGGGUUUCGUGAUAGUAAUGCAGUUUGUGGAACCACUCUUUGUUUGGAUACUGGGUGUUGUAUUCCUGAUCUUCGGCUUCGCUACGCUGAUUGGUAGCAUGAUCUAUUGCGUAAUCGUCUGUCGCGAUGCAAAGACACCGGAACAGCUACGCAACGAGGACCUCUACUGGACAAAGCACUGGCAGAAGAGCAUCGGGUAUACCCCGCACGAGAUAGACUACAAAACGGAUCGUUUCGACGAGCGGGACCGGUACUCGGAUCGAUUCUCAGUCAGCAAAAUGAGCGGGAAGUACUCCGAUCGGGACAUUACCCGGUACUAGCAAAAAAAAAACAAAUCGGUCUCCCCCCUGGCAAUGCAAUAAAUGGAAGCGAGAAGCGGCGAGCGGAGCUCUAGUAACUGAAACGAUUACGUUACUAAUAAGAUUUAAAUUUAAUGAUUUCCUUAAGUUAAUACGCUCUACUUUUAAUCACAAAAGUUAAACCAGUCGGUAGAUUAAUUUCACUUGCACUAAGCGUCGGUAGAUUUUUUAUGAACCAGAGUCUCUACGAGAGAUUGAAUCGAAUUCAAGUGAAUGAGUUGAACGAAGAAUAUUAUUAAUAUAACAGAAUAAUAUUUUAAAUGUUGUAAUAAUAAAUUAAUGUACAUAAUUAUUAAAACUUACAAAUACACUGAUUUUAAUACAAUGUGAAAA